AUGUCGUCCCCGGACCUCGACACGAACCAAUGGUACUACAUCUACGUCGGCAAUAGCGACACCAAUGCCCUAUGGGGCACAAAUCUCUACGACAGUCAAGGCACAAGCGGCGCCAUCUUCCUCAACUCAACGCAAACUAGCCUGAACACCAUGCGCUGGCAAAUCUACCCCAUCAACAGUACCACAUACGUGAUACGAUCCAAGGAAGGCGGCGCAAACGCAUUUGUUGGCACCCACUACGUGCCCGCUGAGGAAACUGAGGGGAAGACUAGACCGCGCAUGAUUCGCGGCGAUGUCGCUGAUGACAGCAUUUUCUGGCAGUUCAGCGCUUGGGGAGACGAUACGUGGUGGCUCACCAAUGCGAAGAAUGGGUCGGACUGGCAUUUGAAUCUGAAGGCGAAUGGGCUGUUGACUAUGAGCAACAAUAUCUCGGCGCCGCAGAAUGGGCAGAGGUGGAGCUUCGGCAGCAUAGCGGAGAUCGACGAUAAGGCGUACUCGAGUGUUGCAGUACGUUCUCCGGUCGUACAGAGGGGUUGA